GGGCAAGUCAACAUUGAGAAUAAAGUCUCGCCUUCUUCCCUCCUAGAACUGAUUCCUUUCUCUCCAUGGUCAAUUCCACUCUACACUCUACACUCCGCAUCCUCAACACAUCUUCAACUUCGUCUCUUCUACUGCUUAAUAGCACAAAUACCAUCAUUCCUCCUUCAUACCAAAAUACUUCAAGUCCACUAGAUCUUUCCGCUGUACCAGCUACCGCCAUCGAUCGUCAUCCGACUUCCAGUGUUCUGCAAGAAGGCACUUCGAUAUAUCGAGCACAAAUACGAAUCUACUAACCAAACACAACUACCAGGAACCAUUAGGUUGAGUCUCUUGGAGCUCAUUCGAUAUACCGAAUCUCUUAUCAUCGAUCGAUACAUUAGCUUGUCUUUCGACCGAGAUCCUAUCUGAUACUUCAUCAUGGCAACUCAAGUAUCAACCCCGGUCAAGUCCCACACGGGGCUUUUCUCCACGCGUACCGCUGGCGGACGUAUGCCUUUGACUCCCUCUCCUCGUACCCGCACUGCGGCAAUGGUCAACAACAACAACAACAACAACAACUCUUCUCCAUUCACCCCUGAGAGAAAGACGUUGGACAACGAGAGAGUGGCUACCAAGUCAGUAUACGGUGGAAACCUGUCAUCACACUUCCAAAAGUCGACCUCAAGAACAUCCCACCGCGACUCGCCAAAGUCGAACAUCGCUAAGGGUGUCCAGACUCCUCGCCGAGCACUUGAACUUGGUGUAUCCGACUUUGCACUUACUGGCACUGGAGGCAAGACACCCAGCAGUAAGUCAUCAAGAAAAGGACCUAUUCGUCAAAAGUCCACCAAGACAACUGUGUCCUAUGGAGAUCGAUUCAUUCCAAACAGAGCAGCUAGCUCAGCCAUUGCUACCGUCGGCUGUGGCAAGCUUGAACUCGGAGACAAGUCGAGACCCAACUCAAGCACGGGAGAGAGCUCCGCUGUCCUGUCAUCCGCUGCCGAUGAUGCUCUUGCUGCUCUUGGUUCACUAUCUCUCAACGACGACGACGAGCCAUCCACUUAUUCUCGCCCAUCCCCAAACACUGUUGCCUACCAAGACUCAUUAGCAUCUGCUUGUGGCGUCUCUCUCAACCAACGUAUUCUUGCAUUCAAGCCAGCUCCUCCAGAGUCAUCUAAGCCAGUUGACCUUCGUUCUCAAUACAACAGACCAAUCAAGAAUGCCAACGCAGCAUCUGCCCAGUUCAGACGUCGCGUUGCAACUGCCCCAGAACGUGUCCUUGAUGCUCCAGGUCUUGUUGACGACUACUAUCUCAACCUCCUCGAUUGGUCUUCUGGCAACCAGGUCGCCAUUGGCCUUGAACGAAAUGUCUAUGUCUGGUCCGCCGAAUCAGGAACCGUCAGCUCUCUUCUCGAGACCAGCCCAGAUACGUAUGUCAGCAGUGUCAAAUGGUCCGGCGACGGAGCAUAUGUAAGUGUCGGUCUCGGUACAGGUGAAGUGCAAAUCUGGGAUGUUGAGGAGGGUACCAAGCUCCGAAGUAUGACAGGUCAUGAUACCAGAGUUGGUGUUAUGGGCUGGAAUAAGCACACUCUCUCCACCGGUGCCCGAUCAGGUCUCGUCUUCAACCACGAUGUAAGAAUCGCCCAACACAAGACCGCUGAGCUUGUCUCCCACACAUCCGAAGUUUGUGGACUUGAGUGGCGCGCCGAUGGUGCUCAGUUGGCAACCGGCGGUAACGACAACCUUGUUUCUAUCUGGGAUGCUCGCUCAUUGGCAGUUCCAAAGUUCACCAAGACCAACCACAAGGCAGCUGUUAAGGCUUUAAGCUGGUGCCCAUGGCAACCAAACGUGCUCGCUACUGGAGGUGGAUCCUAUGAUCGCCACAUCCACUUCUGGAACACCACUACUGGCGCUCGUGUCAACAGCAUCGAUACCGGUUCUCAAGUCACCUCCCUCCGAUGGAGCCCUCAUUACCGUGAGAUCGUUAGCACCAGUGGAUUCCCAGACAACUCCAUCAGCAUCUGGAGCUACCCAACCUUGGUUCGAAAUGUUGAGAUUCCAGCACACGAGACCCGAGUCCUCCACAGCUGCCUCAGUCCCGACGGACAAAUGCUAGCUACUGCUGGUAAGUUUUAUUGUGAACUUCAUAUUGGGAUUUUACUAACAAAUUUUCCUAGCUGCCGACGAGAGCUUGAAGUUCUGGAAGGUCUUCGAGAAGAAAGCCGGCUCUGCAUCCUCCGCAGCUGCAUCAGGUUCUUCAGCAAAGGCUGAUAUGGUUAAGCAAAUGACCAUCCGUUAAGCAAUGGAUGUCAUCAAAACACUCUGAGGCGUCCGGGCUUCCAAGAGUGAAUGGUAAAGUAUCAAGGACGAUUCCCUACUUGCUUUAGCGGUUUGGAUUGGUAGCGAGGAGUUGGGGAGUUUGAUGUUGGUCUCCCUCAAUGCCCACGGCCGAAAGUGCUUCACCUGGUGCGAGCGAUGCUUAACAUUAACGAACGAUAACUGGAAAGACUUGUUUUUUGUGCGGGAUAUUACUUCCAAAUGGCCAGGAUAAUAGGCUUAUAAUUUAUGCCUUGACUUGGGCUAUAGCUGUUAAAGGACUGUUUUGAUAACUUCAAUCAAGGUGUUUUUGGG